AUGUCAGCACCUGUACCCCAGCACUAUCAAAUCGAUGACUUCACUUUCCAGAACGCGACCGAUGCGACCUCGAUCCAGCUAGCCUUCCUAGACAUCAAUCCGACUGCGGAAAAGGUAGCCCUUGUUUUAACCUCUUUCCGUGGGCGGCUUUCGUCUACCUUGACCUUUAGCCAUGGCGCCCUCAAAGACCACAGGGUCAUUGCGGUGGCAUUGUUUGGUAAUGGCGAAUCUUCGAGUCCAUCCAAUAUGGUCAACUUCCCACCAUUACUGACCUACCAAGACUGCGUUCGUGCUCAGCACCAGUUGAUAAAUUCGCAUCUCAACAUCCAAACUAUUGAUGUGGUGGUGGGUUUCUCCAUGGGCGGGCAGUGCUCAUACUACUGGACCCUAAUGUAUCCUGACCUGGUCCGGAACGCGGUCAUUAUCUGCUCCUCAUCUCGCACCAGCCGCCACAAUUACCAGUUUCUCGAGGGACCAAAGGCUGCGCUGGAGUAUGCCGCCGACUACCACCAGGGAGACCGCAACGACCCGUCUUCAAGGCCAUUGGGCGGACUACGAGCUUUCGGAAAAGCAUACUCAGCGUGGUUGACAAGCCCUGAGUGGUUUGAGAAUGAGAUGUAUAAGUCAAUGGGAUACGAAACAUUGAGCGAUUGGGAUAACGAUGUGGCUGGGACAAAUUACCACAAUUGGCACCCUGAUGACUUGCUCGCCAAGAUAGGCAUGUGGCAGGGGGCUGAUGUUACAUUGAUAUCGAGAGAUACAUCUAUACAGGAAGCGCUCUCACGGAUCAAAUCACGCGUCCUGGUUAUGCCAUGUUCAACAGACCAGUACUUUCGCUGGGAAGCGUCUGAGAAGGAGGCACGGGCAAUUCCUCGUUCAACGUUUGUGGUUAUCCCAUCUGCAUGGGGUCAUCUGGCUGGACUGGGGUGCAACGCAGCAGACGAGGUCUUUAUGGAUCAGGCGAUAGCUGAAUUUUUGAGGAAGCAAUGA